CCAAGUUCUUGGAAAGAAAGAAGAAUUCUUGAGAGAGAAAAAGAUAUUUUAGAGAGACGAUAUUUGAUGGAAUAUAGAGGGCGGACACGAACUGGAAAUGGGAGUUCCUCCCAAAUGCAAUAUGAAGAAAUCCAUCCGACAUUUGAUUGGAAUCGGGACUCCGAAGCACACAUUCUUCUUCUUGAUCUUCCUGGCUUCAGGAAAGAGGAGGUGAGGGUCCAGCUCGACAAUUUCGGAAACAUAACGACCAGUGGAGAGAGGCAUAUAAGUGGCAACACAUUCGCACGUUUCAAGCAAGUCUUCACUGUGCCAGGAGACUCAAAUUUCGAACAAAUAAGCGCCAAGUUUGACCAUGGCAUUCUCUACAUAAUCAUGCCAAGAAUUAGAGAAAGGAGUCCACAAAGACACAAAGAGAUGGCCAUUGAUAGCAAGAUUACCGAGGACAAAAAGCAUGAAGAGAAGGACGAUCAUCAUAAACAUCAUGAUGACCAUAGCGAUGAUGGUAGCGAGGAUCAUACAAGUUCCCAUGAUCACAGUGAAGAUAGUAGUGAUGAGGAGAGCGAUGGCAAGAAUAGCGAUGAGAACGAUGACAAUACUGACGACGAGGCCAACAAGAAUAAAGAAAGAGAAAGUAAGAAAACAGAAGGGAGCAAGGAGAAGGAAGAGAGAAGAACAGAGAAGCAAUUUGAGAAUGGAUUUGUAGAGGGGAUUUUGGAGAUCAUAAACAGGAAUAAAAAUAUUAUAAUCUCAACAAUUGUGGUUUUGUCAAUUGGGCUAUAUGUCUCUCGCAAUAUUCGGCCAAAUGGAGAGUGAGAAACGCCAGAUUGUGCAGUAUAUUCUCAAUAACAUGUAUCCGAACUGUAAAUAACCAAGUCACAAAGCAGAAUCAUGGGGAUGUAAACUCAAAGAGGUGAAAAAAAUGAUAA